AUGCUUUCUCCUCCCCCCUCCGAUCAUACACCAAAAACAGUGGAUACUCUGUUUUCUUCAGCCUCACUUCAUCUGCAGAGGCAAAAAACCCGCAUUCACAACUUCUUCAGGAACCAGAACCCAGAAACCCAGCCACAGCAAGAUUCUUCUAUUUCAGAUGUUAUCAGAAUUGCCGCAGAAAAGUUCAUAGAUUCUACUAUUGAACCCACCGACCCACCAUCUGGAAACUCCGACGACGUCGAACUCAUAUACCACCUUCUGCGUGCGGCCGAUGAAUUGGAUCACAAGCAGUACGAGCAAGCGACCCACUUCCUCGACCUCUGUGAUUCCUCGUCUUCCAAGACAGGGAAUCUCGCACAGAGAAUCACCCACUACUUCGUCCAAGCUCUUCGCGAAAAGCUCCGUAACGAAACUAGCAGCGGAGCGCACUUGGUAGCCUAUCUCAUGAGCGAAUUCCAACGAUUGAAGGUCGAAGAAACAAUUACUGCUAUAUCCCCUAUAGUCGCGGUCUUGCACGAGAAAAUCCCCUUCUUCCAAGUCGGUCAGCUAGCCGGAGUUCAAGCAAUCGUGGAAAGAGUCGAGAAAGCGAAAAGGAUUCACAUAAUCGACCUCAGAAUCAGAAACGGGAUGCAAUGGACGGCCCUGAUGCAGGCUUUAUCAACCACAGCCAAAGGAGAACGACGUCCUCCUGGUUCUCCACAGAUUCUGAAAAUCACAGCCAUCGUCACCAUGUCUGAAAAUUUGGUACGGGGAACAGGGGAAAGGCUAGCGAAGUUCGCCGAGUCCAUGAAUAUACCCUUCUCAUUCAAAUCCGUAGUGGUAUCAAGCUUGACCGAAAUCGACGAGGCGCAAUUCGACCUCAAUCCCAAAGAAACCGUGGCUGUUUUCAGUGAGUACGCACUACAGGGUCUCGUAUCGGAGCCGAAUGAGUUGGAGGCACUGAUGGGGUUUAUGAGGAAAAUCCGUCCCAGCAUAAUGGUUGUGCUUGAAUCAGAGGUGAACCUCAAUUCCUCUGUCUUUGCUCACCGGUUCGUUGAAGUUCUGUUCCAUUACGGGGCAUAUUUCGAUUGUGUCAAUGCCUGCCUGGAAUCAUCGAGUGGCGGGGAGAGGGGUUUGAUUGAGUCGAUGUUCUUGAACAACCAUGUGAGGGAGCUUUUGGUGAAGGAAGGGGAAGAGAUGGCGAGGGUCGUGACGGUUGAUGUGUGGAGGCAGUUCUUUGGGCGGUUUUUUAUGUGGGAAGUGGAGUUGAGUUCGUCGGCUAUGGAGACCGUGAAUCUGUUGCUGGGGAGGUUUGUGGGCGGCAAGUAUUGUACGUUGGACGCUGAUGGUGGGAGUUUGAUUGUUGGAUGGAAAGGGACGCCCAUUUUCUCUAUUUCCACUUGGAAGUUCCUCCAUUGA